AUGGCGAGGAUGUGGGAGAUGUCAAUCAUUGUUACCAACCGCCGCCACCACCACCACGGAGGAAUUGCGGCGCAAGGCAAGAACAGUCUGCAGCGCUGCCACCCCACUGGCCUCCAACAAGCAAGCCCCAGGUCCAAAGUCCUAGAGACUCAAGCGUUUCAGUGUCAGAAAUAUAGAUUUCCAAGUGCAAACGGAACCAAAUUAGAUGUGUUUGUACAUCACACUACUGUUGAAAAGAUUCAACCUGAGAAACACGUGCGGUGCAGGAGGGAUUUAUCCUGCAAUAAAAUACGGUAUAUUGAAAGAGGGACAUUCGAAUCAUUACCUUUUUUGAAGUAUAUGAACCUUGGGUGCAAUCUACUCACUGAACUGAGCUAUGGAACAUUUCAAGCAUGGCAUGGAAUGCAGUUUUUACAGAAGCUAAUCCUCAGCCAGAACCCUCUGACAGUUGUUGAAGAUCCAUACCUUUAUAAGUUGCCAGCAUUAAAAUAUUUAGACCUGGGGAAAACACACGUGCCAAUGACAGCGCUUGAGAACAUCCUCAUGAUGACCCUGGAGCUGGAGCAUCUAAUCUUACCUAGACAUAUGGCCUGCUGCCUCUGCAAAUAUAAAACUGAUAUUGAGGUUGUCUGCAAGACAGUCAAACUGCAUUGCCAUACUGGAUGUCUGACAAACUCCACACAUUGUCUUGAAGCAUCUAUAGGGAACCCCGAAGGACCAUUCAUGAAGGUGUUGCAGGCCCGGAAGGAGAACACCAGCACUGAGGUCACUAUUGAACCAGAGAGAGCCUAUUCAGAAAAAGAUGAUCUUAGCUCUUCAGGCUUCAUGGAUGAGCAGCUCGACUUUAACGAUGAAAGUGACGUGAUUAGUGCCCUGAAUUACAUACUGCCAUAUUUCUCAGAGGGAAAUCUGGAAGAUGUGGUGUCGACAUUGUUACCAUUCAUAAAACUGCUGUUUUCUAAUGUACAAAAUGCAGAUGGUUCCCUGGAAUCCUACAAAAAUGAUUCAAGGAGGCUUGCUCUUAACCCUGUACCAAAAGCAAGUAAGAUGGCUUACAAAAAUGAACUGAAUAAACUUUAUUUUCUAGAGAAUUUGUUAGAUGCAGAGAUUGGUGAGGUUAGGAAGAAAGAGAAAACUGCCAUGCUUAUGCAGCAGUCUGGCCACUUGAGUCCCAAAUUUAAACAACGAAAGAGAUGGGCCCCUGCCCAGGCAGAGGAAAACAGUCUUGCAGAAAUUGACAAGGCAGAGAAACGACUCCACAGCCUGAACAGAGUACUCAAGGGGACAGGAAGCAUACAGAAAAGGCACUUUAAGGGAGUGAGUGACAAGAGCCUGUGGAAUAAGCAGAGUGUCCAGACGCCUGUGGAGAGUAUUGCCAAAGACGGGCAGCUCGGGAGCCCACCCACAGCGGAGUUGCAGCAGCUCGGUCUGGUUCAGAAGCCCAAGACUUUAGUAGAAAAUUCCUCCCACCCAGAGCCCUUGCUCCCAAAGGAGCAUGGGGAGGCAGUGUCUUCUUCCACAGAACAGUCACUGGUGGACAAGACUCCCACUACAAAAUCACUGCCUGAGUUCAUAGACAGACGAAAAGACUUGUCUUACACCAUUUUUGUUUUAGAAAGUGCAAAUGCCAAUGUGAAAAGAACGAAGGGGUCUAACCCUAGUUUUCUGUCUGAAAAUAGACAUAGAAACCUUAGGAAGAAAAUAUCUCAUUUCCGGUUGAUUGCAAAGAGUCCAGCAUCCUCUGCAGUGAGGAGCCUGGUAAAUUCCCCUGCAGAAGGGGUCUUUUCAUCUUUAGGAGACCUGAGUUAUGCAGAAAAGCCUUUUUCACAAUUAGAUGCUGCCUUAGAACCUCCUACAGAAAAACUUCUUGAAGAAAAUCAGGCAGCAAUAGAUGAUACUGAAGAAAACAUCCUCAAACCAGCCCUCACUGGGCCUAAAGAAGCUGCAUUAGAAAAUAUUCCCCCUGAGAAUCCCACUGUAGAGUCUAAUGGGCCUACAUCUGAUUUAAUUCCAACUGCUCAGCAAACAAGCAAGCUACAGUUAGACUUCACCUUGGGGUCUGACUCCCAUGACCACUUCAAAGAUUUUGCUUACCCAUUACUGAUGUCACCAGGUGAACGCUUUGAAUCUCAGCUAAACCAGCAGCUGCGGCCCCUCAUCCCCAACAACAACGUGAGAAAGCUUAUUUCUCAUGUUAUCAGGACUUUGAAGAUGGAUUGCUCUGACCCCCGUGUACAACUGUUCUGUGCCAAGCUCAUCUCCAGAACUGGCCUCCUGAUGAAGCUUCUCAGUGAGCAACAAGAAUUCAAGUUGUCCAGGGCCGACUGGGAUACCGACCAGUGGAAAACUGAGAACAUCAAUGAGAGCACAGAAACCCAAGGCGAACAGAAGGAUCUGGAACAAAGUCAGCACACAAAAGAAGUUCCAGGAUACGGCUACAACAACAAAGUCAUCUUGGCAAUAUCUGUAACUGUAGUAGUGACAGUGUUGAUUAUCGUUUUCUGUCUCGUUGAGACUGGUGGUGUUGCGGUGAGAGGCUGUGGGAGCAGUGGAGAGUUCUCUGUCCGUGAGGAUGGUGGAAUUUUGAGGCUAGAAGGCAGAAAUCAGCAUGGGAUUUAUCUUCACAGAGCAGGAAGAGGUGAAGAUGAAGAAAAGUCCAUAGGGUACUUCAAUCCCAGGGUCAAUAAAUUUAGAAAAACACUUGUGACAACCCAUCCUCACAAGACCACCGUUCAGUCUCCUAGGCCAGUUCUUUUCAUGAGCGCUCCAAACAGGCACAACAGCGAGAGAGCUCCCAAGGCCAGGAAAGAGCAAAUCCUCUCCGAGUGUGAGAAACCUGCCAAGAGGCUUGGCUACGGGAACUUGAUUGACAGAGAGCAAUGUGGGGAAGUUAUCAAAGGGCUUGGAGAGAGGACCGGGUUGACUUGGACCCCGUCCAGGAACGGGGAGGCAGCAGCCCAACUGAGGGCUGCUGAGGAUCUCCACUCUUGGAGCAGGUGGAAGGACUUUAUUCGAGGGUGCGCUGUCAGCGGCGACAAAGGGGGUGCCCCAGUGCAAGCUCUCUAG